UUUUCUCUUUCUCUUGCUCUCAUAAGCCGAGACAUAGAAAGCUCGAGUUCGACUGAAAAUUUGAUUUCAGGCCUUAUGACACUACGCCAAUUUCGACAAAUAGAAAGAAUUGAGGAGAGGCAAGGAAAAAAGUUCUAAGUUACAAAAAACUUAAAAAUGAUCAAACGUUUGAAAGGCAAAAAAAUGGCGUAACUACAUUCGGUAGUGCCUCUUUAUUUGGAAGCGACAAAUUACCUCGUAUUACCUAUCCGAUUACCCGCCCAAAUUUGGAAAUCGCGGUACUUCGAGGAGUGACGUGAAGGACUCAUACCGUGCGGGCUUGCAAAUCCGUGCUCUGAGAGCACGAAGAUGCAUGCGCAAGCGGGAGUCUGACACUCAAGCUCUACUUGAAGCUUUACGACAAUGUGACAACACCCACUGAGCAGAUCUGCCAUGCCUCUAACGUUAGCGAUCGAUGUUCAGUUGUGCCAUCACUAGCACACGCUUCCGAUAGGUCUGCUCAUUCAAAAGUCUUAUAUAGAACAUGAUAGGCUAAGGAGUGUAUACGAGAAGAUCUUUCUGAGGUUAAGCAAGUCCAUCACAAUCAAUAUUGUCUAGCGCGUUUCUUUGAAAUGUUCCGUUUAACAGCUAAACCUAGUUAUCGCGUCGUUAAUAAGAAUUUUGCAAUUAUUAUCUGAAAAAUCGGUCAUAAUGCUGAAGAAUCGUCAAGAUAAUAGCCAUCUAGUGGCAAAUCGUAGCUCUUUCCAUGCAUAAAUAAAAGAAAUACCGGUAACGUAAUCACACGCCGGCGGUAGUGUUGCGAACCAUCGCGAAUCAUCGCGGCUCAAGUGUUCAAGUUUAUUUUGACAGUACGAGUAGACCCUGGGCCACUUACGAGUUCAGCAGAGUUCAGCUCUUUCUUAGAAACCAUGAUUUUUUUAUUAAAUUGGAAAAUCAAAGGCUAAAGAAGAAGUGCCCAAGUUAGAAAUGCCGGUGUAAUUGGGUGCAAUCAAUAAAUGCCACGCUGAUACGAAACUCUGGGCAUGGACGAAAAAAUUGACCUUCGAAAAUAUAGAAAGAAUUGCGAAAAAUAAUUGAUGAAUGGACAUUUAAAAAUAAUAAUCACGACAAUACCGAAAUUUAAUACGAGAUCGAAAAAGUGACGACAUGUUUCGAGAUAGUCAAAAGAUCGUUGUGGAGGACGGGCUUGCCCCGUCGGCACCAUAUGUCAUAAACAUUCGAAUGGAGGAUAUGUUGGAGAAAUUAAAGCUGUUGAAUUACGACGCGGAAUUCGUACAGGAACUAAAAAUGAAACCAAUCAAUAGGCAUCACUUUGUAAUUCCGACGAAUCCCGGUGAACAGUUUUACACGUUUACUUGCUUGGCUGCGUGGCUGAUUAGAAAGGCGGGGAGGAGCUUUGAAAUGCCACAAGAGUCGGACGAUCCCAAUUCCACGAUAGCACUGAUAUUAGAUUACCUCAGAGAAAUUGACGUAUCUGUGGAGUUCCCUCCUAACAAACUCAAACAGGGUAGCGGGGAGCACGCGGUAUACGUUUUGGAUAAUUUAGCGGACAACGCUUUAAAGGUGGAAAAAUUCAAAUGGAAAAGGGUAAAUAUUACACCCGAUGAACCCACCCCGGAACCGGAUAUCGAAGAUGAUGAAGCAGAGUUGAUCUUGGAGAAAGUAGAGGAGGAAAUGAUGGCCGAGUACGACGAUGAUGAUCACGAUGUCUUGCACAUAGACGACAUUACAAAGCUUUACGCGCAAAAUAUUAACGAGACGCAAAAACUAGACAGCUAUUUGGAGUCCACAACUAACAGGGAAGAGUGGCAAUUGGAAUUGGAAAGAGUUUUACCUCGUUUGAAAGUGACCGUUAAGACAGACUCGAGAGACUGGAGAGCGCAUAUCGAGCAAAUGAAGCAGCUGCGCACGAACAUCGCGACCAAUCUUGGCGGGACGAAAACUCACCUGAACAAAAUUCACACCGAUAUCGGGAAUACCUUGGAUAAAAUCAAAACCAGAGAGACUUAUCUUAAUCGCCAGCUCGAGCCAUCUUUAACAGAAUAUCGCUCACUGCAAGAAGAGCUAUCGAAAAUCAAGGAACAAUAUAGAGACGUCAGUGGCGGCGUUACCGAACGAACGCGGGUUCUUAAUAAGUUAAUGGAGGAGUUGGAGCACAUAAAAAGAGAAAUGGACGAGAGAGGGUCCAGCAUGACUGACGGAACGCCGCUUAUCAACAUAAAGAAGACGAUCACGAGGAUGAGGAACGAAAUCUCCGAGAUGAACAUACGAAUCGGCGUGCUGGAGUACAGCUUGAUGUGCGCGAGAGUGCGGGAUCGGACGCAGUUACGGGAGGAUAUGAACAGCACCUCGGUGAUAAUUUAACGAGCACGUCAUCUUUAUUGCACGUGCAAUCUUUAUUGUUUUUAUAAAUCACAUACUUCAAUCCGUCCAACAUAUGUUACGAUUCACGAGUAUGGAUAUAUUAUCAACACACGGGGUCCAAUUACUUCGCCUCUAAAGUUGCGAUAACAUAGCUGCGAUGCAGAACUGAAAGUAUUGGAUCGGUCGCAGUGUGGAGCACAAUGAAUUUUCUAUUACACACUUUGUACGUUUAUACUAGCUCGCAAUUGUCAAUCGACACCGUCACCGAGUUUUACGUUAAAUAAAGUUGUUUGAGUUUUUUUUUUU